AUGACUAUUGUUUUUGUUUCGCAUCCAACCUCCCACCUCUCCACGCACGCACCCCGCGGCAUCUGUACAAAAAUACUUUCGUGCCUCGUUCUACACGAGGUACAAUCGACUCGCAUAUUCCAUUACUAUCUGCCACCCAUUUAUCAACAUUACCAUUCCGGUGGUACACUUCGCCGCCCGAUUUCCACCUCCAAGGUUGCUCAGACGAUACCUACUGAGCUUAGACUUGCUUGCCACAAUCUAUACCAGGAACUGGGCUCGAGACAUACAGAUUCAGUAGUAGAACCCUUCACCGCCAACUCUCCCACCAAGCUACUUGAACAGGCACAUCACAGCCUCUACCCACCUCACCCAAAACCGAGCACCCCUCGUUUUCCGCCACAAUCAUGCAGCGCAACGUCGUCAUCUUCCUCAUCAUCCUCAUUCUCUUCAUUCUCAUCGCUGCAAUCGCAUACCUCAUCUACUACCUCCAAACGCGCAUGGCCGUCAGUGGCACAGCCUCUUCUGUCUCAGACAUGA